UUCAUCGAAGUCUAGUGGCAUUUUUGUCUUCCUACCCCUGCUCCUCGGUCCCAUCGACGAUUCUAAAACUGAAGAAACAACCAGACCAGAGUGUAUCUUCUUUGCAUAUAAACUCUCCGAUAGACCGAUUUCUGGUAUUCCAUCGAACACGCAUCGUCUUUCGCUGGAGAGACUGAGUGUUUGAGAUGUUGAAGAUCACAUGCAAUGUAUCUGACCAAAUCCAAUCCCUAGCACAAUGCGGGUUCCUGGGCCAGCCCAAGCCCGUCCUCCGCCCUUGCUCCUGCCGAUGGAACGCGGUCGUUCACUGCUCCCCGGCCACCAGAACUCAGGUUCAGCCUCAGGCAGUGGUGUUAAAAUCCGGGACGGUUCAGGUCGACUCCGAUUUGGGUACCUUGGCUGACCGGCUCCGGCUAGGAAGCUUGACUGAGGAUGGAUUGUCGUAUAAGGAGAAAUUCAUAGUGAGAUCCUACGAGGUUGGGAUUAACAAAACUGCUACUGUUGAGACCAUUGCGAAUCUCCUGCAGGAAGUUGGAUGUAACCAUGCCCAAAGUGUUGGGUUCUCAACAGACGGAUUUGCGACAAGCCCCACCAUGAGAAAGUUGCAUCUCAUAUGGGUCACAGCUCGUAUGCACAUUGAAAUCUACAAAUAUCCAGCUUGGAGUGAUGUUGUUGAAAUUGAAACGUGGUGCCAAAGUGAAGGGAGAAUUGGAACCAGACGUGAUUGGAUUCUUAAGGACUUUGCCACUGGUGAAGUUAUUGGCAGAGCUACAAGUAAGUGGGUGAUGAUGAACCAAGAUACUAGACGGCUUCAGAAAGUUAGUGAUGAGGUCAGGGAGGAGUAUUUGGUUUUCUGUCCACGAGAACCCAGAUUGUCAUUUCCAGAGGAAAAUAACCGCAGCUUGAAGAAAAUUUUGAAGGUGGAAGGUCCUGCUCAAAAUUCAAGAUUAGGACUUGUGCCUAGAAGAGCUGAUCUGGACAUGAAUCAACACGUUAAUAAUGUCACAUACAUUGGAUGGGUUCUUGAGAGCAUACCUCAAGAAAUCAUCGACAGCCAUGAAUUGCAAGCAAUCACCUUGGACUAUAGAAGGGAAUGCCAACAGGGUGACAUAGUUGAUUCCCUUACUAGCGUGGAACCAGUUGAGGAUACUCCAGCAGUUUCUGAACUUCAUCAAACAAAUGGCACUGCCUCUGUCACAGAUGACGCGCAAGAGUGUUUUAAAUUUUUGCAUUUGUUGAGAUUGUCAGGUGAUGGACUCGAAAUAAACCGCGGCCGCACAGAGUGGCGAAAGAAACCUGCAAGAUGAGCAAGUGACUCGAGGCUUCCCGUGUCUUUUCAAAUCCGCAAGGAUUUUGGAGUAAAUUUGUCCAAGUAGGAUACAGCUUGCCUUGAGAAACUCUUAAUAGGUAGAGUGAUGACGAUCCUUCAUACAAUCUACUCAAAACUCAUUAAACAAUCAUUGUAUUUUACUUUGUCCAAAGCCUCAUUUUCUUA